AUGUUGCUUCAGACGGCUGUUUCUAGCGUGCGUCGAGGGUUGCCGAGGCACUCAUGGGCGUCUUCGUGUCGCAUUGCCGACACUGUCUUAUCGGGACAACAACAACAACGCUUUGCCAGUGAACCGUGUACAAGUUUGGGGCGCAUGUUUGCCGGCAAUCCAGAACUCCAAAAUGUCUUUAAUCAGACCAAUCAAACGCUGGGAGGGCAACCCAAAAAACUACUCAAGACGGUCGCCUUGGCGGCACAGGCGGCCAUUGCUACGGGAGAAUUGCCCGGAGAAGCCAUCGAAGGAAUCUGCCAAAAGCACUGCGCUCUACACGUGGGGCCCGACGCCUUCGGAGUGGUGGGAGCCAACAUUUUGGGCACAAUCGAGGACUUGUUGACCAAAGAUCAAGCCGUCUUGGACGCUUGGGGUGCCUUGUACGGAGAUAUUGCCAAUGUGUUCAUCACACGCGAAGCCGAAAUUAAUAAAGAAGUAGCCGCUGUGCCUGGAAGUUGGUCGGGUCGUCGCAAGUUUGUCAUGGCCAAAAAGGAAAAGGUCAGUUCCUCCGUUACCCGAUUCAAGUUUGAACCCGUCGAUGGACAGCCCACGCCCGAUUUUGAGCCAGGAAAAUUCACAACCAUCUGGGUCCCCGUUGAAGAAGAAGGACCCUACGGACAUUACUCCGAACAACCCCGUCACUACACGCUUGCAGUGCCUCGAAAAAAAGAGGAUGCCAAUACUGGCAUGUCCAUUUCGGUAAAGAAGGACGGAUUGAUCAGCCGUAUUCUUCACGCCGCUGAAACCGGAACUGAGUGGGAGUUGUCGGCUCCUCAUGGUUGUUUCGUCAUGUCGGGUGUCGAGAAAUUGUGGCUCAGUUCUCAGGAUGCUCCCGUUGUCUUUAUCAGCGCUGGAGUCGGAAUCACGCCAGUAUUGGCCAUGCUGGAGAAUAUUUAUGUGACCCGUCCAGCUACGUGGUUGCACGCCUCCCAAGACGGUGCCGUCCAUCCCUACCGAGAGCGCUUGCGUGAGAUUGCGGCCGUUCGCGGAGGAGAAUUGCAGCGUCGUGUCUGGUAUUCGAAUCCCUUGCCCGAGGAUGGACAUCCCGGUGGCAACGAAACCAGCCCUCACAUGUUCAACGUUGCCAAGUAUCACUACGAAGGCAGAAUGGAUUUGGCCAUGAGUGAACUAGAGGAAAUCACACAUUUGGGCAAUGAAGAAGCACACUACUACAUGUGCGGUCCUGAAGGAUUCAUGGACGCUCAACGAGACACUCUGGUGAAACUUGGAGUUGCUGAAGAUCGCAUUCAUUGGGAGGGAUUCUAA